GCAGCAUGGAGCCACCAGCCGUGCUGGAGGAGGAGAUGCCCCUCGCCGCAGCAGCCGCCCCGGCAGGUUGCCAGCUCUUCGGUUACGUGGGGAUCGAAGCUGUGCUUGACCAGAUGAAAAUCAAAACCAUGAAGACAGGCUUCGAGUUCAACAUCAUGGUCGUGGGGCAGAGCGGGCUGGGGAAGUCGACGAUGGUGAACACCCUCUUCAAGUCCAAGGUGAGCCGCAAAGCCUCGCAGCCCGGCCAGGAGGAACGCAUCCCCAAGACAGUGCAGCUGCAGUCCGUCACCCACGUCAUCGAGGAGAAGGGUGUGAAGAUGAAGCUGACAGUGACGGACACGCCGGGGUUUGGGGACCAGAUCAACAACGAGAACUGCUGGGACCCCAUCAUCAAAUACAUCAACGAGCAGUACGAGAGGUACCUACGCGAGGAGAUCGUCAUCACCCGCAAGAGGAAGAUCCCGGACACCCGGGUCCAUGGAUGCGUCUAUUUCGUGCCCCCCACGGGUCACUGGCUUCGCCCACUGGACCUGGAGUUCAUGCGGCGGCUCAGUAGGAUUGUCAACGUGGUGCCAGUGAUUGCCAAAGCCGAUACGCUCACCCUUGAGGAACGGGCAGAGUUCAAGCAACGGAUCCAGGAAGACCUGAAGACCCACGCCAUCAGCGUGUACCCACAGGAGGACUUUGACCAGGACCUGGAUGACAGAGCGCUGAAUGACAGGAUUCGGGAGAAGAUCCCCUUCGCCGUGGUGGGGGCAGACCAGGAGCACCAGAUCCACCAUGGGCACAGACCCCUUGGACCCUGCGCGACAUUAAAGGUCAACAGGAGCCUUCAGCCUUCACCAUCGUCAUCCUCCUGCUGGACUCCCCUCUUCUGA